AUGCAGUUCGUAGUGAGAUUGUCAGCAAAUUGGGAAACAUGGAACAACGGCGGGUGGGGGGGCGAAAGGCCAGACCAUCAGGGGUCAGGGGGACAAAUUCAGCAGCAGCUAGGGUCAGCCCAGUCCAGAGGGCGUCGCCGGCCCAGCUUGGCCAGGGCGCAGCGCGUAGGGACCUUGGCUGAGUGGGACGGCAAAUCCUCAAUUCUGCUCUAG